AAUAAAAUAAAAAUAUUUCACAACUUUGAGAGAGUUUUAUUUUUUAAUUUACCAAUUCUUCUCUUUUGAAUGGUCACACACAAAUGAUGCUUAUGCUCCUGCUGCUUAUUUCAUCAAUCACCAUCACCGCCGUCGUGAUCAUCACGCGCCACCGGAGAUGGAAUCCCUGGCAACAGCCGCUCAACCUCCCUCCGGGCCCACCACCGCAGUGGUUCGUCGGGAACCUCCACCAAAUGAAGCCCCUCUGGACGCGUAGCUUCUCCGAGUGGUCCCAAACCUACGGCCCCAUCAUAUCCGUAUGGUUCGGUUCGCAGCUCAACGUGGUGGUCUCGAGCUCGGGCUUGGCCAAACAAGUUCUGAAAGACGAGGACUACGUCUUGGCCCACCGACCACGUGGCCUAGCCGCUGCAAAAAUGUCUCAUAACGGCAGCGAUCUUAUCUGGGCCGAUUACGGUCCUCACUACGUCAAGGUGAGGAAACUAUGUACAGUUGAACUCUUCUCCCCCAGGAGCAUUGAAUCCUUCAGAUCAGUAAGAGAAGCCGAGGCAGAAGCAAUGGCUGAAUCCAUUUUCGAGGCCUUGAAUUCGUCUGACGGUAAGAAACUCGUGCUGAGGAAGUAUCUCGGAAAUGUUGCUUUGAACAACGUUUCGAGGUUAGUCCUCAGGAAAAGGAUGGAUCCCGAGAAAGGACAAGAGUUCAAGUUUAUCGUGGAAAACCAGACAAAACUGAGCUCGGUGAUACCGUUGUUCGAUUACGUUUGGUGGCUCAGAUGGGUUCCGAAGUUGAUUAACAUCGAUAAAGCGUUAUCGAAGCACCUGGCUCGGAGAAGAGCUUGGUUCCAUGGAGCUGUAGUGGAGGAAGAUAAGGGAAAUCAGCAAAAGGGUUUUGCUCAGAAACUACUCGCCUUGCAAGGGAACCGUGAGCUGAGCGAAGAGACGGUGGUCGGGCUGAUCUGGAACAUGUUAACAGCCGGGGCUGACACGGUUGCGAUCACGGUUGAAUGGGCCAUGGCCGAGCUGAUCAGACACCCGAUGGCACAACAAAUGGCACAACAGGAGCUGGACAGAGUGGUUGGUCACUACAGGCUUAUGUCUGAAGCAGACAUCAUGAACUUGCCUUACCUUCAGGGUAUAGUGAAAGAAGCUCUAAGGCUACACCCACCAACGCCAUUGAUGCUUCCUCACAAGGCCAGUGCUUCGGUCCGGAUCGGAGGUUAUGAUCUUCCCAAGGGAACCACCAUUUACGUCAACGUCUGGGCGGUGGGCCGUGACCCCGCAAACUGGAAAAACCCCAACGAGUUUAAACCAGAGCGGUUUCUCGGGGAGGAUGUCGAUGUGAAAGGCCAAGACUUUAGGGUUCUUCCAUUUGGUUCGGGACGAAGAGCCUGCCCAGCUGCACAACUCAGCAUCAACAUGAUGGCAUUGAUGCUCGGCCAUCUGUUGCAUCGCUUCUCGUGGAAAUCAAUUCCUGGAGAUCACAUCGACAUGACCGAAAAUCCAGGAUUAGUUUCUUACAUGAAGACUCCUCUGCAAUCUGUGGCUUCACCAAGGCUGCUGCCACAAGAAUUUAAUACUGAAACAGGGAAACAACAAGAGGCGAGAGAGAUCAAUGCUUAGAUCAAAACGCAGCAAAAAAGACAAACCCUUUUUAGGAAAUGGUGUAAUUAUGUCAAAGCCGAAGCCAUGGAAGGAUUGGCUAACAUGGCUAAAUGGUUCAUACAAGAAGCUGUAGCUAAUUUCGGUAGAUACUAAGUAUUCGGAAAGAUAGAGAUGCUUCGUCGCGAUAGCAUCGGUAAAUUAAUCCUUCAUAACAUCAACUUUACACA